UAGUAAAAAGAAAAAAUUCUAAGAUUGAAGAACACGAAAGGAGUGAACAAUAAGGAAGGGGUUGUUGUUGUUGUUGUUGUUGUCGCACCGUUGCAGUUGAAGACAGCAGUAAUGGCGAGCAUUUGGAAAACCCGAACCGCAGUUCGUAGUUUGACCCAAUCCUUAGCAGCCGCCACUCACCACCACACGCCGUCGCUCCCCUCUCGUCUCUCCUCCGUCCGCCACCUCCGCUCCGGUCGAGAUCCUAUCUCCAGGAAUCAUGAAAUUAUUCCUCCGGUGAACUGGGGGAUUCGGAUUGUGCCGGAGAAGAAAGCGUUUGUCAUCGAGCGAUUUGGAAAGUAUGCCAAGACGCUUCCCUCCGGCAUCCAUUUCUUGAUCCCGUUCGUCGAUAAGAUUGCUUAUGUGCAUUCUCUUAAGGAAGAGGCGAUUAGUAUUCCUGACCAGUCUGCUAUCACCAAGGAUAAUGUUACUAUCCUCAUUGAUGGUGUGCUUUAUGUCAAGAUUGUGGAUCCUAAGCUGGCAUCUUAUGGGGUUGAGAAUCCCAUUUACGCGGUUAUUCAGCUGGCUCAGACGACAAUGCGUAGUGAGCUUGGUAAGAUUACCCUUGACAAGACCUUUGAGGAAAGGGACACGCUCAAUGAAAAGAUUGUGGAGUCCAUCAAUGUGGCUGCAAAAAGUUGGGGUCUGGAGUGCCUUCGAUAUGAAAUAAGGGAUAUCUCUCCUCCACGUGGAGUGAGAGCAGCUAUGGAGAUGCAAGCAGAAGCAGAGCGAAAAAAGAGAGCUCAAAUUCUUGAAUCUGAAGGAGAAAGGCAGGCGCACAUAAACAUCGCUGAUGGAAAGAAGAGUUCAGUCAUUUUAGCAUCAGAAGCUGCAAGGAUGGAUCAAGUUAACAGAGCGCAAGGUGAGGCUGAAGCCAUCCUUGCAAAAGCAAAAGCAACAGCUGAAGGGCUUGCUGUUGUGUCACAAUCCCUAAAGGAAAGUGGAGGACCAGAGGCAGCAAGUUUAAGGAUAGCAGAGCAAUAUAUUCAAGCUUUUAGCAACAUAGCUAAGCAGGGCACGACAAUGUUGCUUCCUAGCUCUGCGUCCAAUCCCGCUAACAUGAUGGCGCAAGCCCUUACAAUGUAUAAAAGCCUGAUUGGUAAUGUUAAUGAUAAGCACAGUGGAAACACACACUCUUCAAUAGCAUCACAAGAAGAAGAAAAUGAUUCCUCUGGUGAAGUUAAAGAUGAGAACUCGACAAGGGCUAGUAUCACUAACCGAAUCCCAGAUUAUUCAGGGACAAAUGGGUUUUCACUUCAGAAGCCCCCAACAAGGGACUAGUCUUUGAUUUUACAAAACUUCUGAUGAGUUCAUUUGUUUGUUAUAUUGAUGUUGAUUUUGAAAAAUGAGUUCAAAGCUCGAAGAGAGGGUCGUGGAAGUGUGAUUGGACUUUAUAUCGCAAUAGUUCCUUUAGCAUUCAUAAUAUGAUACACGAUUUAUGACUAGACAAUGAAAUCUCUUCCUAACUAGCAAAUUUGGGGAGUAAGAGAAUGAAAAUAGAAGUUAUCUGCCU